AGUCUUCUUUUCAAGAGGCGAUGUCAUGCACUGACAGCCCCUCAGGGGGCGCUGUGGGGCAGCAGCUGGAGCUGCGGAAUGAGGGCCACGCCGAUGGGUUCUUUGCUGUGGCUCAGCAGCUGAGAGAACAGCGCCAUCUCGUGGACGUGGUUGUCACCCUGGGCCUAAGGGACUACGACGCCCACAGCGCUAUCCUUGCUGCAGUGAGCUCAGUCUUCCGGCAACGCUUGGAAUGUGGGGAGCACGGCACAGUGGAGCUGGAUGGCGUGACCACGCCAUGUGGCUGGGAGGCCAUCUUGAAUUUUGCCUACACUGGGGAGCUGGAGGCCACACCGGAGAAGGCUGGGGAGAUCUUGGAUGCCGCGGAGGCCCUGGGUGCCCCUCGCGUGGCUGAGAUUUGCAAGGCGGUGUUGAUUGGGAUGGAGGCAGAGGACAGGCUGAGUCUAGAGGAUGAGAAAUGGGAGACACUGCGAGGCCUGGAGGAGCUUUAUGAGAAAGGCAUCGGCUGGGACCUGGAGCUUAAAGCUGAGGAAGAUAUCUAUCAAGUUCACCGACUAGCCUUGGCCUGCGGCUGCGAGUUCUUCCACGGCAUGUUCACCAGCGGCAUGAAGGAAUCCCGCCAGGCGGACGCCCCUCUCUGCACCCGCUUCACCUCAACUGAUCUGGGCCUGGUCAUCUCCUUCGUCUACUCGGGAACACUGGCAGGCGGAUGGGACAACCUCUUUGAUGCUGCCCAGGCUGCCCUCCAGUAUCAGGUCUCCGGCAUCUUGGAACUCUGCCUGGAUUUUUUCCGCCACAAGCUGACUCCCGAAUCCAGCUUGGAUGUCCUCUCUUUCGCACGUGCCUACGGCCUUCAUGAUCUGGAAAGCGCCGCAGAGAACUUUGUGCUGAGGAACUUUGCUCACGUCACGAGGACGCCCAAGUUCCUGGACCUUCCGGCCAGCCAGCUUGUGCACUUCCUCAGCUCUGAUGCCCUCUAUAUCCUCAAUGAAUUGGAGGCCUUCCAAGGAGCCGUCCGAUGGCUGGAAGCUGACCGGGAAGGACGAAUGGACCGUGCAGAGCAAGUCCUACGUUGCAUCAGGUUCCCUCUGAUGUCCACCCGGGAGCUCAAACAGGUUCGCACGGUAGAAAUGAUGGCCUCCCCAGGUCGGCUCUAUAGCCUCAUGGUCGAGUCCUUAGCUAGCAUCCCGCCAGGCCCUUCCAAGCUGGAGCAACUCCCUUGCCGGGUGAGGUACCCAGAGAAGGUGAUUGCCAUCAGCGGAGGAGAUACGCUGGCAAAGAAUAUGGCCACUCGCAGCCCUAGCCGGGACUUAUGGUUCGCCCACCGGUUCAUUAGCAGCAUCGGAUUGGUCAAGCAGGUUGAGUGGCGUCGUCUUGGGGAGCUCCCAGAGGGGGCACGCUUCCGGCAUGCUGUGGCAGUCAAGGACAAUGUGAUGUACAUCUUUGGUGGAAAGGACUACUAUGGGACCCGGGACACCAUGUGCUCAGUGUUCAAGUUCGACCCUCUCUGUGGGAGUUGGGAGCGGUUGGCCGACAUGACAAGUCACCGGAGCUAUUUCCAGGUGCUCUACCAGGAUGGCUUUUUCUAUGCCCUGGGAGGCAGCUCCAACGAUGCCUACUGCCUGGAUACAGUGGAGUGCUAUGACCCCCAGACCAAUGCCUGGAGGCCAUGUGAACCUCUGCCCGCUCCGCUCUGUGGCCAUGCAGCCUGCAUCCUGGACGGAGUCAUCUACGUCUCCGGGGGCAGUGACGGCUCGUGCCGCUGCCAGUCCUCCCUGAUCCAGUACCGUCCGAGCGCAGCACCCAUCCCGCUGGCCAUGAUGCGAGAGGAGCGCGCAGGCCACAACAUGGAAGCUAUGGGUGGGCACCUCUACGUGGCGGGAGGCCUGCGAUGGCGGGAUGGACACGGGGGCUACGCAGACCAGCUGGCCUGCGAAGUAUACAGCCCGGGCCUGGACGUGUGGGCCGCCCUUGCCCCUCUGCCACAGGCCCACGUCAUCGCCGCCUCCGCUGUCUUGGACGGAGAGCUCUACGUCAUGGGAGGCUACAGCCACAACACUUAUCGUGACACCCACUUGAUCCACUGCUACAACCCGACCCAUGACCGCUGGGUCAGCGUCGGGACGCUGCCUCAGGCUUACGCAGACCUCAGGGCCUGCAUCUUAGAAGUUCCUCCUUCUCUGAGGAGCAAACAGCCUUCGCCCUUAGAUACGGCUAGUGUGGAGAUCCCUGCUGAUUCUUCGACAGAGUUGCCGUAUCAGUACUCCUGAGAUGCCUCCCCAGUUUUCUGUGGAAUCAGCUGCACAGCUUUAAUAGGGGCAGAAACUCUAGGAAUGGUUCGCACAUGCACGCGUGAUUUCUCCGUGCUUAUGCAUCAGGGACAGGGGGAGCUGGCAGUCCUUUGCAUAUUAACUGGACUCCGGCUCCCAUUAACAGUAGCCAGCAUGGCCAGGUGUUGAGGAUUAUAAGAGCCGUAGCCUAAAAGGACCGCUAAUGGUUGCCAGGGUACCCACCUUCUAUAGUGCUUGCAAAAAGUCCCAGUGAUUAUCCCCUCAAAAAAACCCCAACGAGGUACAACAGAAAGUUCUGUCUCCCUGCUCAACUUGUGGCUGAGCUUCUCUUACACUGAACGCACCCCUUAAAUGUGCUCACAUUUCAUUGGAUGCUGAGACUUGACAUCCAACCUCUGUUCUGAACUGAGCGGUGCAAAGAGCUUCCCUCUCAGAGUGACUGUGAUGGUGGCUGGUGUAGGUGAUGUGGCAGCCAUUUUGAGUCAUCUCACCUGCCUCAUGGUCCCCAAAAGGUUGGCAAUACCUCAUUUCCACACCCCUGCUGUAUACUUCAGGGACUAGAGGACCCUCAAGGUCCCUUCCAACUCCACAGUGGUACCUCGGGUUACAGACGCUUCAGGUUACAGACGCUUCAGGUUACAGACUCUGCUAACCCAGAAAUAGUACCUCAGGUUAAGAACUUUGCUUCAGGAUGAGAUCAGAAAUUGCGCGGUGGUGGCGCAGCGGCAACGGGAGGCCCCAUUAUCUAAAGUGGUGCUUCAGGUUAACAGUUUCAGGUUAAGAACAGACCUCCAGAACGAAUUAAGUUCUUAACCUGAGGUACCACUGUACUGUCCUAUGAUUCGAUGCGAUAGACAUGGCUCGCUUGAAAAAACAUUGCAAGGGAGGCAAUGUGAGAAUUCUGCCUGAGGUGUUAAUACCGUUUGAUGCUGCAGUUACCAAGAAAUAACCAUGACUUGUGUGAACCAGCCUGGUGUUUCUAAUGGAACCACACCAAGCAAAAACCAAAGGGCAGCAGUGUUGUUUUUAAACCACCGCUGUAUUUCCACUACGCUUUGUUAAAGCUGCAUCUGUUGAAUUGCUGCCUGUUGUGCAGCUGUUAAAAAGGCAAGCACUUCUGUGAGGAACAAGCAGAGAGGCAAAAUGCUGUGGGCAAGGGUGGGGUUUCCCCCACUUCCUUCAAUGUGAUGAAGUUAUCAGAAGGAAGAGUUGAAUUCUUCAGCCUUGAUU